AUGAUUUCACUGAAAAAAAAGUUCCAGCACAUGGUCGGCCAGUCUUUCGACAACCGUCUCAAUACUGUUGGAGAGAAGAUUCGUAGUGUCUCGUUCACCGAUUCCAAAGACACAAAUGCCGCACCACCCGACCUCGAUAAGACUUCGUCAUCUUCGAGCCAAAAUUCUGAGGAACACUUUGAGACCAACCAAGUGGGAUCAGGUCCACGCACUGUUGCAGGUCAUCGCGGUUAUCGGUUAUCCUCGAGGAUUGAGAGCCUGGCUAAGCCGCUGCCUAGGUUUGGCCAACCGUUGAAUCGGCUGAGUGCAGUUUUUCGGGAAGCUGACCACCAGAUCCCGUGGUCCAGAUCGAGCCCUAAGGUUGCAAAUGAACAAAAUCAAGGAGUGCACAUACCACUAAUACCACUACGAACCAGAACUAAAACAGGUGUGUCACGUGCUUCUUUGAAGUACGAGGCAUCGGACCACAUCAAACGAUUGGCCAGGCCCCGCCCAAUGCCGAAAGCGGAUGACGAAAAGAAGUGCUUUUCGGUGAAGCCAUUGUCACUUGUAUACAAGCCGUCGCUCCGUAUCCAGCAACUCUCCAUGCCCAAGAUCCGUGUAGAGAAAAUGUGAUCGUCGCUUUUAUAAAUAAUUAAAAUGUAUAGUUGGAACAUCAAAUUCAAAUUAUACCUAAAAAA